AUGGCUAUGAAUAAUAAUAAUGAUUCUAAUCAAAUUAAGCUUCAUGACAACAUUGCUAACGAUGAGCAAGAUGAUGAUUUAAAUCUGACAGAAGAGAUGCAUAUAAAAUUAAGAUCUCAUUCUAAUAGCCAAACAUCUUCUAAUUUAAAAUCUCGUGAAGAACGCAUUCUAUCACAGAAAAUGAGUCAAUUAUCAACAGAUACCACCUAUGAAAAAGAAUUUAACAUAAUGAAAUCAAUUGAAGAUAUUCUCAAGAAAUUUCCAGUUUAUUUAACAAAACGACAUGUGCCUUUUCAACAAGUAAUGAAUCAAGCAUUAUCAAUGAUAGGUAUAGAAGCAUCGAAUUCUCAUCGAAAUGAACUACGACAUAUCGCUAUUUUACAAUAUAAAAUUAUAAUGAUUCAAAAUUAUCAUCAUUUGUGGUCAACAUAUUUUAAAUCAGGUUUAGGUCAAUUGAUAGUUGCUGAUUCAGAAAAGAAUUUGAUCUAUCCAACAAAUUUACAAAUUUGGCCACAAGAAAUAAAAACAAUUCUCUCAAUAACAAAGACAGAACAAAAAAAUGAACAUAACAUUUACAUGAUUUUUAUCAAUCAUCAGUUACAUUCAUUAGAUGAUCAACAGAAACAAUAUCAAAAUGAAUUAAAUAUGAAAAUCCAUCAAUUCAAUAAGAAUUUAUUUAAAGUACAACAAAUACUUGAAAAAUAUAUUCGACAACAUAUGUCUUCUCAAUGCACCGAGAUUGAACAUCAAAUAGAACUUAUUCAUUAUGAUUAUCAUAUUCAAGCAAUAAAACAAGAAUAUGAUCGACAUAAUCCAAAUGAAUAUCAGGCAUGUUUUUCAUAUGGGCUAAGAAAAUUAAUUCGACAACUAUGUGAAAGUAAAUAUGAACAAGAAAUGACACAACAAGAAUUUGAUUUUCUUCAGAAACAAAUAAAUCAUUUCAAUUCACCUAGUCAAUCAUUUGAAAAUUCACCCUUGUCUCAAUCAAUAUUAAUUAAUUCUGUUGAAAAUAUUGAACUUCGACAACAAUUAUACAAUCAAUAUAAAGAAAUUGCUGAACAAUCGAAAACUCAAUUAUUAGCUUUGUAUAGGAAAACAGCUGAAGAACAACGAGAUGAAUAUAAAAAGAGGCAUGACGAUAAUAUCAUGAAAAUGUGGCUUGAACGUGAAGCAUCGUCUGACAAUGAAAAAAUACCAUUAUUAAUGGUUAAUCUUAUUAAUGAGCGUUGUAAAAAAAUUGGAGAACGUAUACAAUCUAUCUAUAAAUUUAAAGUUUAA